AUGAUGUCAAGAACUACAUUUCUUAUACAAAUUGCUUCUGUACCUGGUAAUCAAGUUGGUCAACGACGAUUUGAACAAUGUCGUUAUUUACAUGAUUUACUUAUAAAUACAUUAAUUGAUCAAAAUAAAGAAGAAGAACAAAAAGAACAAAUAAAAGUAUUAUCAAAAUUAUUUCCUCAACAUAAAAUUGUUCUUCGAUCAGGAUUUUCGCAAACAGCUCAAUGGGGCUUAGAACCAAAUAUGUUUAUUGAAAUUCAUGGUGAUGAACAUCAAGCACGUAUAAUUAGUGCACUUUUUGGUAAAGCAUUUUGUCAAGAUGGUAUAGGUAUUGGUUGUGGUGGAAUUGAAGGACAAAAUCAUUCUGUAUUAAUUGUUAAUAAAAAUUGGAGUAAUGAAGAUGAACGAUUAAAUUUUGUUUCAAUGAUUCUUCAACAUUAUCCAUCACUUUCAGCUCAACUUGAUAUCAAUGGACAACUUGCAUUUCAUAAUUAUUCUAUGCAAUCAUCAUAUUCAUUUAAUGAUAUUAUAGAAUUUAUUAAUACUAAAAAUAAUCAUGAAAAAUAUUUUAUUGAAGAACGACAAAUGAAAAGUGAACUUGUUGAUCAAGCUGAAUAUGAAAAUUUAUUAAUGUUACUUGAAUCAUCACAUAUGCGUCAUAUAUUUAAUAUGUUACGACACGAACAUGCUCGUCUUUUCUCUGGCUAUGCAUGUGCUUCAUUACCAUUACCAUCAGUAUCAACAAAACGUCGACAAAAACAACAUGAACAAAAACAACAUGAGCAAAAACAACAUGAACAAAAACAGCAUGAACAAAAACAAGAUGAAAAUGAUAAAAACAAAAUUCUUUUAUUUUCACCUUCUCAUUUAUGUUCAUUCAUUGUUAUCUCUCAUCAACCAUGUAUGUGUCUUACUGACUUCACCUGCUUUUGUUAUUAG